CCCAUCACGUUUGCGGGGGAAACAGGAAGUGACGGAGUCAUCGUCUGCUCAUGAAAACAAUGUACCCGUUACCGAUUUUACUUUGUUGUUGAAAUAUGACGGCGACCUCACGGAGAAAGUAGCGGCGGCACUGUCAACAUGUAAUGAUAGAAAGCGGUGAUACCUGCAGCUAGUUGGUACUAGCUCUGAUUUCGUAAAUAAGGUUAAGUUAGCCUAGCGGAGUAGCUUAGCUUCGCUCUCCAUGGCGGCUCCAGCGGGACUUCCACCGCUCGGGCCGGAUCGUGCUGCCUCGUCCUCCGGCUCUCAUUCCGGAGGCAGGCCGCCUCACCGCAGUCAUCACCCGCACGGGUCGCUGCCCGCCGCGGGCUGCGCCCUGGUGGAGUCUGUGGACGACGCGGAGGGUCUGUACGUGGCGGUGGAGCGGUGCCCGCUGUGCAGCACCUCCCGCCGCAGGCUGACCUGCGCCCGCUGCGUCCAGGCCGGAGACUUCGUCUACUUCGACGGGAGGAACGCAGAGAGAUAUAUUGAAAAGAUGGAAAAGAUGAAAAAGCUGAAAGAAGAAAAGGAGCAGCUUCAGCAAAGAGUCUUUAAAGCCAUGGACAAGAAGCUGCAGGCUGAUCAGAUGAAAUGGAAGAUCAUGUCAUGCAAGAUGAAGAUCCAGCAGCUGAAGGAGGCUGUUGGCUGCGGCAGUGAGGGGGUAAAGAGCGACAAGGACCAUCUCCUCCAUUUUCAGGAGGAAAGCCAGCGGCUACAGCGCCGGGCUGGGCGUCACCAGGAGAAACGAGACAAAAUAGAGCGUCACAAUCACCGUCUGGGAGAACUGAUGGAGAGACGCAGCCGGGAGCUUCAGGCUCGAUUUGGCCAAUUAGCGGCACUGCGUCGUGACCACAUCCUGGAGCUCACCACCCACAUUUUCCCCAUGCAAGAAGAGAAGCAGGGCAGCAGAGACCCUGCAGAUGUGGUGGCUGAGUGUGAUCUUGUGUUGACCUCUAGCACAGUGAGCGAACUCGCUGAGGCACGUCGCACAACUUAUAUGUCAGGACGGUGGAUCUGGGAUGACCAGAAUGGAGAGACCAGCAUCAGCAUCACUGGACCACCUGUCAUGCUGCCAAGCAACGGAGACUGCUCUGCCUACUAUAGCUGGGUGGAGGAGAAGAGUGCCACUCAUGGGCCAGAGUUGGACCACAUCAAUCCAGCCCACACGAUUAGUGCGUCAUUGUGCUAUGCAACACAACUUGUUACCAUCCUGUCGCACAUCCUGGAUGUCAACCUUCCCAAGAAGCUCUGCAACAGUGAGUUCUGUGGAGAGAACCUGAGUCGGUACCGGUUCACCAGAGCUCUGAGCAAACUGAACACAAACAUCCUGCACCUGUGCUUUUCUCAGCAUGUAGACAGUGAGAAGCUCCACCCUCAUCACACUCUACGGAACAUCAUGUUCUUGGUCUCCCCUGACAAUGAUAAUCUGGGCAGGACGGGCCCAUUUGAGGUGAGUGCUGACCUGGAAGAGUCAAUGGAGUUUGUGGAGCCGGAGGCGAUGGGGCCGGCGGAGGAAAGUGGUGACGAAGCCGUGACAGAUGAAGAGACGGACCUGGGAACAGACUGGGAGACCGUGCCCAGUCCCCGCUUCUGUGACAUCCCCUCACAGCCCAUGGAUCUUUCCCAAAGUGCAUUGCAGGUUUCACAACCAUCUGCUAACACGGGAGGGAUGAUCUCGUCUGCUGCUGCGUCCUUCACGUCCUGGUUCAGAGCGUACACGGGCCAGCGCUGAUUGAACUGGACCCCAACGGAUCAGUCUUCUUCUAAUGUGCCCGGACUUGGACUGCACUUGUUCAAGCCCCGGAUCAGAUUUUGGUCUGUUUUGGAGCCACGUGGGCUUGACUGAGCAGACAGUGUAGGUCCAGCGGUCAAAGGUCAGAUUCGCAGGCGG